AUGGCGAAGACGACGGCCUUGGACGCGCACGCCGCUACCUUCUUCGCCAGCCUCGACCAGCAGCCGCAGCCCUCGGAGCAGGCAACCCCGACGAUAGCCGAGCAGGUCGUGAGCGCGCUGGUACCGACGAUGACGCUAGCUAGCGUGCGCAAGCUCACGCAUGCCAUUGAGUACGAGCUGCAGAACGCAGGACGCAACGCAACCCCUGUCACAUCGAGCAUGCUGCCGGCGCACGUCUGCGAAGAUUGCGGCAACGCAGACGUCGAGAAGUUCCUUGCCACGGACCUCUCGGUCGUGUGCAUGGGCCCGGACGGCGCCGGCUGCGGGAACGUCCUGGAGGCCUCGCGCCUGUAUGAAGGCAACGCAUACCGCCGCUUCGAGGACGAGGAGGAUCGAUCGCAUCAUGGCGCCCCGCCAAACCCGCUCUUCUCGGUGGGCUACAACAUGCAGACGUCGAUCGAUAAGGAUGGUGGACCGGCGGCCACCCUUCUCCGGCGCGUGCACAGAGAAGUCGAGCUCUCGUGCUACGAGCUUGGCCUCGACUCGCGCCAGACACGUGUCGGCUACAAGGACACGAUGAAGCGCGAGGUGUUCAGGCUCAUGGACGACGUCGGCGCCAACUUGGACCUUCCGGACUGCGUGCUUCGGCUCGCCAAGGUGCAUUUUGCCCGUCUCCGCGACCUUCGCGAGCAGAUCCGCAACAAGCUCGGGACCGUGGCGGCUUGCCUCUUGCUGGCGCUCCCGACCACGCCCAUCCAGGAAGCGGUGCCCGUCUUUGCCUGCGGCGACUGCGCCUUGACCUUUAACGCCAAGCGAGGCCUGCGCUUCCACCAGUGCUCCAUGCGCUCGCCGCCGCCGCCGCCUCCUGCUCUCGUCUCCGAGACCGUUGCUGCGCCAGCUGCUGCGGGCCCGUGGGGCGCGUUUGUGUUUCGCGGUAGCAAGCUCUUUCACUGCCGCCCUCAGUGCCCACGCAUCUACGCGACGCUCGGCGACCUCGACGCGCACUUGGCUCGGCACGCCAAGCAGAAGCGCAAGACAGACUAUGCCGCCAACAACACCCUGUGGAAGCGGUCCUGCUGCGCCUAG